CAUGCGCAUUGCAUCUUGCCACCUGGGUGCAGAAUCGGGCAGUGACUCGAAAGCUUUUGUUGUGUUCGUGCUUUACUUUUUUUUUUACACAGAGAAAUAAUGGAGGACUUUAAUUCCGGAGAAGAGGUUGUAUUCAGUCCCGAUGAUGCAAGUAACACAGUUAAAGAGUGCAUCGAGAGUGUAAUUGGAGGUGAAGAUUACAGACAAAACAAAGUGAACCAGUGGACAGCGAGCAUUGUAGAGCACUCUCUCACUCAGCUGGUUAAACAGGGGAAAGCUUUUAAGUACAUUGUUAACUGUGCUAUAAUGCAGAAGAGUGGUGCAGGACUCCAUACGGCUAACUCCUGUUACUGGGACACCACCACUGACGGAAGCUGCACAGUCAGAUGGGAGAAUCGCACCAUGUAUUGUGUUGUUAGUGUGUUUGCUGUUGCUUUGUGAAUCAGGGCCAUGCCAUGAGUCCUCUCACUCAAACACACACUCUCACUCUCUCUCUCAUUCACAUGCACCAGGUGGCGCCAUGAACUUAUUUCAGUCGAAUGAUGCAGUGUGGUGUUGGGCUUAGGACUUUUGCGAUUGAGUUCAUCUGCCCUCAGUACUUUAAUAUUUUAACAUUGCUGCUUGUGUUUGCCGUUCAUCAUUUUGAACUCUGAACUUUUUGUGUAGAAAGACUGCAUAGUAAAGUAGUUAUGUGUUUUGUUUGGGUUCAAUUAAAUGUUCAAUGUUGUGUAAUUGAGAACCUGAUGCUUUAUUUCCUUUUCCUUAUACAGAAAUAAAUUCCUUAAUAAAACAUGAAUACAAGGCAAUGAAUCAGA